AGGUGGCUCAGCGCAGUGGAGGAUGUCAGUACUACAAGGCCGCAUAGUCAACGGCGUCGAAGCCGCACCUGGGGAGUUCCCUCAUCAGGUGUCGCUGCGGGCCAAUGGAUAUCACCAGUGUGGCGCCUCCAUCCUGAACCAGUACUGGGUGGUCACAGCAGCCCACUGCGUCGAAGUUCCCAACACAUACGACGUGCUAGCUGGUACCAACAUCGUGACCGACGGAGGAACCAAACACUCGGUGACAGACAUCACUUCUCAUCGGGAUUAUGAUCCCAAUGAUUCCUGGAUCAACGACAUCGCCGUGCUCAAGGUGUCGCCUGCUUUUCCAAUUGAUGGCAUCACAGUGGCGCCAAUACAGCUGCCAGAACAGGGGGAGCAGGUUCCAGAUGGCGCCAACGUCACCGUCAUCGGUUGGGGAGACCUCUGGGGUGAUUCAGGGGGUCCUCUGCUCUACGAGGGAAAGAUUGUGGGGAUGGUGUCUUGGAGCUACGAGUGUGCUGCCCCUCCGUACCCCUCAGUCGGCACCCGUGUCUCCAGCUACGUGGACUGGAUUAUCGACAACACCAACGGCACACUGGUACCGCACUAGCGCCGUUGGAUUUGUAUUUGCUACAUUUUUAAAAUAUUGAUCAAAAUUAAUUUAUUACAAUAUCUUAUCAAUGUUAACAACUAUGUACAAGUGACAAUAAAAUUUGUUUAUCGGC